CGCUGCCGUCGGCAUCGGCUUCUACGGGAACAGUGAGACCAACGAUGGGGUGUACCAGCUGCUCUACGCCCUGGACCAUGCCAACCAGACCCUCACUGGCAUCGACUCGUUGGUAGGACUGUGGGCAGGGUCCCCUCUCCAUGUGCCCCUGGGGCAUAUUGCCCCCCUCUCCUGGGUCUGGCUGGGGCACGGGGCCUACCUGCAGACCCUCAAGUUCACACAGCAGCUGGCUGGGAGCAUCGUGCUGCAGCUCUCGGGGCUGCCGGCGUGGCGCGGGGUCAGCGCCGACCUCACCCUGCUGUCGGGACACGUCGCUUACGUCGAGUACUACCGGUGGUUGGCUUACCUCCUCUUCUUCAUGAUGCUGUGCUGUGGGCUGCUGACUCUCGUCCUCAGCUGGGCCUCCAUGGCUGUGGACACAGCAGCAGCAGUGGUGAGUGGGUGGGGGAAGAGGGCAGAGCUGGUUCUGGCUGUGCUGGGAGCUGAGGGCACCAUCAUGUCCCUCCCAGCACCAACAAUGUCCCUCUGGUCCUCACAGGGCACGAGCGACUUCUGCGUGGCCCCAGACAAGUUCAUCAUGAACCAGACAGAUGAUGCAAUCAGUGCAGAGGUGGUUCACUAUUACCUCUACUGUGACCAGAGCCUGAGCAACCCCUUCCAACAGGCUCUCACCAUCUUCCAGCGCUCGCUGACCACCAUGCCGAUCCAGAUCCAGGGCCUCAUUCAGUAUGCCCUGCC